GCAUGCGCAGCCGCCAUGUCCAGCCGCGGGAAGCGGGACCGGGGGGAGCGGGGGGAGCGGGCGGCCCCGCGGGCCGGGGGAGGCUCCGCAGCCCCCUCCUCAGCCCCCUCCUCAGCCCCCUCCUCAGCCCCCUCAUCGCGGGGACCCUCCCGAAGCCGCCGGGAAGGGGAGACGGACCGAGCCCGGAGCCGCCGGGACUCAGAGCGGGAGCGCGGGAGGCGGGAGGAGGCGGGGCCGGGCUCGGGCUCGGGGGUGCCCGCGGAUCCCGCCCGCAUCAAACGGGAACCGGGAACCGGGAGCGGGGACUCGGGGGGCUCCGCCGCUUCCCCCCGCUCCAGCGGUCCCGUGCGGGGCAAGAGAGAGCGGGAGUCCGAUGGGGACUUCGGAGUCGGAGCUGGAGCCCAGCGUUACGGCCGCUUCGAUCCCGAGGAUCAGCGGAGCCGCCACUGCCCCUACCUGGACACCAUCAACAAGAGUGUCCUGGAUUUCGAUUUUGAGAAGCUCUGCUCCAUCUCCCUCUCCCACAUCAAUGUCUACGCCUGCCUGGUCUGCGGGAAGUACUACCAGGGCCGGGGGCUGAAGUCCCACGCCUACAUCCACAGCGUGCAGCUCAGCCACCACGUCUUCCUCAACCUCCACACCCUCAAGUUCUACUGCCUGCCCGACAACUACGAGAUCAUCGACUCCUCCCUGGAGGACAUCACGUACGUCCUCAAGCCCACCUUCACCGCCCAGCAGAUCUCCAACCUGGACAAGCAGGCCAAGCUCUCCCGGGCAUACGAUGGCACCACCUACCUGCCCGGCAUCGUGGGGCUCAACAACAUCAAAGCCAACGACUACGCCAACGCCGUCCUCCAGGCUCUGUCCAACGUCCCACCCCUGAGGAAUUAUUUCUUGGAGGAGGAGAACUACUGGAACAUCGAGCGUCCCCCCGGGGACAUCAUGUUCCUGCUGGUGCAGAGGUUUGGGGAGCUGAUGAGGAAGCUCUGGAACCCCAGGAAUUUCAAAGCCCACGUCUCCCCCCACGAGAUGCUGCAGGCUGUGGUGCUCUGCAGCAAGAAGAACUUCCAGAUCACCAAGCAAGGGGAUGGGGUGGAUUUUCUCUCCUGGUUCCUCAACGCGCUGCACUUGGCCCUGGGUGGCACCAAGAGGAAGAAAAAGACCAUCGUCACCGACGUCUUCCAGGGCUCCAUGCGAAUCUUCACCAAAAAACUGCCCCACCCCGACCUGCCAGCCGAGGAGAAGGCUCAGCUCCUGCAGAACAGCGAGUACCAGGAGAAGAUGGUGGAAUCCACCUUCAUGUACCUGACCUUGGACCUCCCCACUGCCCCCCUCUACAAGGACGAGAAGGAGCAGCUCAUCAUCCCCCAGGUCCCCCUCUUCAGCAUCUUGGCCAAGUUCAACGGGGUCACAGAGAAGGAGUACAAAACCUACAAGGAGAAUUUCCUCAAACGUUUCCAGCUCACCAAGCUCCCUCCCUACCUCAUCUUCUGCAUCAAACGUUUCACCAAGAACAACUUCUUUGUGGAGAAGAACCCCACCAUUGUCAACUUCCCCAUCACGAACGUGGACCUCCGGGAGUACCUGUCUGAGGAGGUGCAGGCUGCCCACACCAACACCACCUACGACCUCAUCGCCAACAUCGUCCACGAUGGGAAACCCUCCGAGGGCUCCUACCGCAUCCACGUCCUGCACCACGGCACAGGGAAGUGGUAUGAGCUGCAGGACCUGCAGGUCACAGACAUCCUGCCCCAGAUGAUCACCCUCUCUGAAGCCUACAUCCAGAUCUGGAAGCGGCGCGAGGAGGAUGAAACCAACCAACAAGGUGCCUGACACCCCCCUGGGGACACUUGUCCCCUCCUUGGGGACACCCGUAACCCCACUGAGGGUUGAGGACACCAUGGGGACACGAGGGCAUGUGUGGCACCUGUCACUAAAGUGUCCCCUUGUCCCCCCUGAUUCUGCUACUGAUCUGGAAGCGGUGUGAGGACAAAACCAACCAGCAAGGUGCUUGUCCCCUUGUCCCCUCCUUGGGGACACCCUCAAUAAAUGUCACCUGCUGUAUUUUUGUAA